CUUGGAUGAAUCAAACGAGCUGGAAAGUGACUCAGCUCUCGUCACCUGGCCCCAGCAAGCCGUAGUUGGAAGUUUUCAUGGCCGACACAUGGUCCCAUGAGGCCUAGGCUUCGGACUUGUUCACCGCCAGCUGUACUUCAUUAUGACCUGAGGAACAUUUCAUGGGACAGGGAAGUGUGAAUUGUUCCUCCAAAGGCCGAUGACAAGAGACAUGGACACAAGGGGAGGAGAAGAAUGAGAGACACAAGGCGCACCACUGACCACAGCUGGCCCAAGAAACCUACCAGGAGUUAAAGUGAUAUAUAAGGCCUUUUCUUGCACUUAUCUUUUUCAGAUACUCAGACCAAUGGAUUUCUCUAGGGUCCUUCAUCAAGCCUUCCUCUUGGCAGUGCUGUCCCUGAGGGCAUCCCAAAGUGAAGUCUUGAGUGAGCCUCUCCAGUUGACUCCUGAGAGAAUUAUUGUUUCUGUCCAGGCUAAGCUUCAGCAAGUGAGUUUACAAUGGACUGUUCCACACCUUACUCAUAAAGAAGUAAAUAUGGUAUUUCAGAUAGAGAUCAGUAGAAUUAAGACGUCCAACAUCAUCUGGGUGGAGAACUUUAGCACCACUGUGAAGCAGAACCAAGCUCUGCAUUGGAUCUGGGAGUCCGAGAUCCCCUUGGAAUGUGUAAAACAUUUCCUAAGAAUAAGGGCUAUGGUAGAUGACGCCAAGCACCCACCACAGAGACCCUGGAGCAACUGGAGUCCCUGGAAAGAAGUUAGUGAACACGUUCCAGUUGAACCUGAUAAAAUAUUAGUGUUUCCUGAAAACAAACUGUUGGAAGAAGGCUCCAAUGUCACCUUCUGUUUCAUGUAUGGGCAGAAUCUGUAUAACGUGUCCUGUAAAUUGCAAGAUGAACCAAUCCAUGCAGAACAACUUGAUUCACACGUGUUAUUAGCAAAGUUGCACAAUGUAGCUUUCUUUAGCACCGAAGGAGCAAACAUGUAUUGUCUAGACAUGAAUGAUGCUACAAAAAUAUUUGGUACCAUUCUCUUUGUCUCAAAAGUGCUUGAAGAGCCCAAGAAUUUUUCCUGCGAGACCCAAGACUUUAAGACUUUGAACUGUUCGUGGGAACCUGGGGUAGACACAACUUUGGGUUGGAAUCAACAACCUUCCCAAAGUUACAUUUUAUAUGAAUCGUUCUCUGGGAGACUUGAGCGUUCUGAGCACAACAACUUGCAUAACUGGAAAAUCACUGAUGAUUCACAGGAAACGUAUAACUUUACACUCACAGCUGAAAACAAACUAAGGAAAAGAAGUGUCAACCUCAUUUUUAACCUGACCCAUAGAGUUCAUCCAAAGGCUCCUCAUGAUGUCACCCUUGAAAUUAUAAAUGCUACAAAAGCCAACAUGACCUGGAAGGUUCACUCCGGUCCGGACAGCUACACACUUUUGUGUCAAGUUGAACUCCUGCAUGAAGAAGAAGUGAUACAUGAGCACAACGUUUCUGUCCACGUGACCUCAACUUACCUCUUCAGUGAUCUGGUGCCAGACACGGAGUACAAGGCUCGUGUACGCUGCGCAGGUGCCAACCAUGUCUGGAAAUGGAGUGACUGGACUCAAAAAGAGUUCAUCACACCCGAGACUGCCCCCUCAGAGGCUCCUGAUGUGUGGAGACAAGUGUGGUCACAGAACGGAAGUCAUUUUGUGACCUUCUUCUGGAAGCCGCUAUUAAAAUCACAGGCCAAUGGCAAAAUCAUAUUCUACAAUAUAGUUGUAGAAAAUCAAGACAGGCUAACUAAGUCAGAACACCACUCUGGCCAAGAACCAUCCAUUUGCAUAAAACUGAACCUUGACCUGGGUCCUUACAAGAUUCACAUCACAGCCAACAACAGUGUGGGUACAUCGCCCGAGUCCGUGAUUGUCCUCACUAAUGAUUCUGGAACUGAAGAGGUCCAUGAGAAAAGAAUCAACGGUACAAAGGAUGGAUUCCAUAUUUCUUGGGAGCCCAUAUCUGGAGAUGCUGUAGGCUAUGUUGUGGACUGGUGUCCACAGUCUCAGCCCCAGUACUGUCAUUUGCAGUGGAAGAAGCUAGGCCCCAAUACCACAAGCACCAUCAUCACCUCAGAGGAUUUUAAAGUGGGAGUCCGCUACAACUUUAAGAUUUUUGAAAUGUCUACGCAGCAGACUGCUCAGUUGCUAGGGAAACAAACAGGAUACAUCCAGGAACUGGCUGAUGUGAAGAACCCAGAAGUGGACAUUAUAAACUUGACCUCCAACUCCUUCUUCUUGAGCUGGCAGAAUUACGACAGUGACUCCCAGUCGGCUUUCAUAGAAGGGUACUAUGUGUAUUUGAAAUCCAAGGAGAUGCAGUGCCACCAGAAAGCAGAAAGGACCCUUCUUUCAGAUAAAUCAGUGCUCUGUAAAUAUGACAUCAACAACCCAGAGAAAAAGACAUUUGCUGUGAAAAACCUUCGGCCAGAAACCCUUUAUGAGUUUUUCGUCACUCCAUAUACCAGGGUCGGCCAAGGACCCAAUGAAACAUUCACAAAGGUCACGACUUCAGAUGAACACUCCUACAUGCUGCUGCAGAUCAUAUUACCCAUGACUCUCUGUGUCUCUCUCCUCAUCGUUGUGUGCUACUGGAAAAGCCAGUGGGUGAAGGAGAAGUGCUACCCUGACAUUCCAAAUCCAUACCGGAGCAGCAUCCUGUCAGUGAUAAAAUCCAAGAAGAACCCUCACUUAAUAAUGAGCAUCAAAGACUGCAUUCCAGAUGUCCUUGAAGUUAUAAACAAGGUGGAAGGCAGCAAGACACAGUGUGUAAGCUCUGGGAAACCACACACUGAAGAUGCACCCACUACGCCAACAGAGAAAGGCUCCUCUGGCCCCACCUCCUUCUUUUUUGAGAAUCUUACGUAUGAUCAGUCGGCUUUUGAUUCUGAUUCUCAUGGCCUUGUUCCGGGACCCCUAAAAGACACACCACGUCAACUUGGACUAUUGGCCCCACCUGACAAGUUACUACCUGUAUUAGACAAAGACUACAUUAAGUCCCUGGUUGAAAGCCCAACUGAAGAAAGUAGCUUGAUUUAUGUGUCCCAGCUGGCUUCACCCAUGUGUGGAGACAAGGACAGGCUUGCCACAAAUCCAGCUAUGCCAGCGCACUGUUCAGGGUACAAAAGGCAAAUGGCAGUUCCAGGGAGCCUCGUAUUACCUCCCCUGAGGGAGAACAACAGCCUAACCUCAAUGAUCCUUUUAGGCCAAGGUGAGCAGUAAACACCAACUAGCACCAACCCACUUCAUACACUACAGGCACUUUUGAGGAUGUAGCUGGUUCCAUGCCAACACUGCAUGCUCUGGCCCUUGAUUCCAGGAGUGUUCAUUACCUACGGUGCUGACUUAUGAACGUCACUAUAGGCUGACAGACUAAAGACCAGAACUAUGCAAUUUGCCAUUUGCUCUGCACACUUCCUUAGAAAUAAUAGGAUCAUGGAGCAUGCUGAC